AUGUCGAGUGAAGAAGAAGAUGAAUCGGUAAUUGGAACAAAAGAAUAUUGGGAUACCUUAUAUGAAGGAGAAUUAAAUAAUUUUAAUGAAUUUGGUGAUGAAGGCGAAAUUUGGUUUGGUAAAAGUAUUUUGACCAAACUUAUCGAUACUGUAUGUCAGUUAGUACCUGAUAAAGAAACAACAACUAUUUUAGAUAUUGGCACAGGGAAUGGUCAUGUUAUUCAACGUUUACUACGUCGUGGUUUCGUUCAUUUAACUGGUAUUGAUUAUUCUGAAAAGUCUAUUGAAUUAGCUCGUACACAAAUUGGAUCGAAUAUUAAAUUUCAAGUCGUUGAUAUGACUGCACCUGAUACAUCAUCACUUGAUCAUUUUGAUAUUGGUAUUGAUAAAGGUACAUUAGAUGCUAUACUUUUAUGUUCAUCUGAUCAACGAAAAACAAAGCGUGAAGGCUAUGUAGAUACAGUUCAUCGACAUAUCAGAAAUUUCUUAUUUCUUAUUUCGUGUAAUUGGACACGAAAUGAAUUAUUAGAAUUUUUUCAGCCGAAAUUUUCAUUAGAACGUGAAAUUGAAACACCAACAAUGUCAUUUGGUGGACGACAAGGAAAAACAGUAACUUUUCUUAUUUUAAAAAGAAAUGAUUGUUCUACUGUGAUAUCUUAA